CCUGAGCGUGUUCCGGUUGGAGGAGCGCUCCGGGCUCCGUGCAGGCACGGGAGGAAGGAGCCCUCCACGCGCUCUCCGGCGACAUCUCUCUCCGCGGAGGUGGCUCCCCGCGGACACGGAGCGCAGGCACGCGGGGCACGGCGAGACGAGCCGGGGACCGGGGCACGGACACCGCGGAUCAGGCGGAGCGAGGCGCGCGUCUUCACACCCACGCGGGCGCUCUGCUCACGCGCGCACGAUUCGGCUCAUCCCAAGACGCUCAAUACCCGGCAUCUCAAGGAACACACGCUCGCCGUGCCCGCUGCUGGGUCGCCCUGCUCCGCCUCUCAUGCCUGGGCCUGGCCGUCGCUCGCCGGACCCCGCGGGCGAUCGGAGCGCGAGUCGCCGAGCGGCCCUCCACCUCCGCCGCCGCCGCCGUCCCCCGAGUCUCGGCGGUGCCGCGGCGGAUACGUCACGGCAGGCGCGCGCCGCCCGCGGCCCCCGCUCGCACGCGGCCACGACGAACGCGAGACUCUCCGAGCCUCGGCACCAGCAGCGCGUCCCCCGCCAGGCGGCAUGGAGGGCGUGCGCGCCUGGGACGCGGUGGGCCUGGCCUUCUCGGCGCUGCUGAACGCCGCCGCGCUGCUGGGCAACCUGGCGCUGCUCGUGGUGCUACUGCGCGCGCCGCCCCUGCGCAAGUUCAUCUUCGUGCUGCACCUGUGCGUGGUGGACCUGCUCUCCGCCACCGUGCUCAUGCCCAUGGCGAUCGCGUCGAGCCGGCCCGUGUCGCUCGCGCUCGGCGGGCCGCCCGUCGGCGAGGGGGACGUCUUCUGCAAGGCGCACGUCUUCCUCAACGUGUGCCUCAUCAGCGCCUCCAUCCUCUCCGUGUCGGCCAUCUCGGUGGAGCGCUACUACUACAUCGUGCACCCGAUGCGCUACGAGGGCCGCGUGGGCGCCGGCCUGGCCGUCUCCGUGCUCGCGUUCAUCUGGGUCGAGUCCGGCCUCGCCUCCGUGGUGCCGCUCCUGGGCUGGCGCGCGACCCCCGACGCGCCGUGGCCCGCCAACGGCACUGCGGCCACGCCGGCGGCACGCUGCUCGCUCUACUGGAGCGACGGCGAGUACAAGAACGUGUUCGUGGUGGUGUUCAGCGUCUUCUGCUUCGUGGUGCCGGGCCUCAUCGUCACCGUGGUCUACUGCAGCGUGUUCAAGGUGGCGCGCAUCGCGGCGCUGCAGCAGGGCCCGCUGCCCUCGUGGACCAACGGCGCGCGCCAGCGCUCCGUGUCGCUCAACAGCCAGACGACCAUCGUGAGCGACGCCGCGGGCAACGCCGGGUCGGCGAGCGGCGGCGGCGGCCCGCCCGCCAGGAUCUCGCCCGAGCGGGCCUUCGGCGGCGGCAAGGCGGCCGUCACGCUGGCGAUCCUGGUGGGGCAGUUCGUGGUGUGCUGGCUGCCGCACUUCGCCUACCACCUGCACGCGGCGACGAGUGGGCGGCGGGGCGACACCGAGUCGGCGGAGACGCUGGUCACGUGGCUCGCCUACUCCUCCUUCUCCAUCAACCCGUUCUUCUACGGGUGGCUCAACCGGCAGAUCCGCGAGGAGCUCAAGAAGCUGGCGCGGUGUCGCUGCGCCGGCCCCUGGCCCAGGGACGAGCCGCCGGGACCGUCCAGCCACGGCUCGGUGGAGGAGAACUUCUUCCAGUUCCUGCAGCGCACCGGCUGCCCCGUGGUGGUCGGGGGGGGGCCCGAGCCGCCCGUCGCGUUCGCCACGUCCACGCCCAAGCGGGCCUUGGACCACAUCGCCGCCCUCGGGUUCCGCAUCCCCGGGCAGAUCCCCGAGGAGUCGUCCGAAUACAACGAGCACAUGUUCUCCAACUCCGCGCGGGACCCGUAGCCGCGGCGGUGCCGCCGCUGACGCCGCGUCACGGCCUUGGCGACGGGGGCGCUUCCCCGGUGACGCUUUUUGCCAAAAUCCGCGUGAAAAUGGGGACAUCUGCCAACGUGUCAGCUGGGACUUUAGCCUGCACCGGCAGUGCCCAAGAACUGUGCUUUAUUUAUUUAUUUAUGUCACCCUCCACCCUCCCUCCACUCUCCCCCAGUUGCAUUUUUAAUUAACUUGUGGUGAGCCAUUGGUGUUUUUUUUUACGUGGUUGUGUAGAAAGAAUGUGGAACAAAAUAUAAAAUUGCCAAUCAAUCAAACGGUGGCAUUUAUUGAGAGCGAGCGAGAAUCCCAGUUUACCGCUCGGUAAAAUGGAUGGAAUAUUUUUUUUUUUACAGAAUUUACCGGCUUUAAAGGCGUCGUAAAAACGUUGUAAAACGGUGCUUAAUUUAACUUUGAAUCCGUCACGGGGGGAAGGGGGUCCUGCGAAGCCACAGUUUCCAUCCCACGGCCCGGUGAGAUGACCAUGUCUCUGUUCAGCGGCGUGGUACCAGGGGUCAUGGACUCGUGUCCUGUAAGGUGCGCGGAGCGCUACGUCGAGAGUCCCGUCCGGAGGAGCUCGGCAGAAGCGCGCCGCGUGACAUUUUGUCUCUGGGAAACCCGCGGCGCUGCGUUGGCAGUGGCGCACAAGCGCAACGGCGGAAUAACGCUGCCCUGAGGAGGAACAAAUACAUCGGGAAAGAUCGUCUCUCUGGCAGAGGCGUUGCCACAGAAUCUUGCUUGCUACCUUCUUCUUUUCUUCGAUGGGCAGUGAUUUUCAUCUUCUUGGUUCUUUCAGUAAAGUCACGUAGAAGGGAAAUAAUAAAAUAAUAAAAAUAAAACAUAAAAUACAGUUCUCACGAUGUUUCGGCCACAACGCAAGCAGCCGUCCUCAGGUGAAGAACAGGUCUGUCGGAAAGACAGUGUCUGAAUGAACACCACCAAGCUUGGCAGCGUAUAUUUAAGAUUUUGUCGAACGUGUUGAAUUACGUCGAUAUAAAGCGUGCCCGCGGUGGCGGUGUUGGGGCGUAACGAUGAAUCCCUUCAACAUUGACGGUCAUUCUCAAGGCUCACAAUUGCAUGCGUCCAAUCACGAGCGUAAGAAUCCACAAUUCCUUAUCUGCUGUAUGUCCACGGGUUCAUUUGACCCCUCCAGCCACUAGAGGCCGCUACAUUAAUCACGGUGUCAAAGAUUGGAACAGAUGUUUGAAUCACAUUGUGACCGGCGCAUCUGUUAGGCUUUGCGUUUGCAAUUGGUGCUGUGGUCAGACCCAAACCGGCUAAAUAUGAUUCCAGCUUUGUGAAAACUAUGUCCAUAACCCCGAUCUGGUAACGUGAAUGUCUUGCUCUUGUUUUGCUCUCAAGAGGACGCGAUGGAAAGCAAUUGUUCCGGUAAUUUUACCGCGAGCUCCGAUUGCCAAAUCCGGGGGCGAAACUAACGACCGUGAAAGAACGGUAAUCCACAACGGCGAUUGCAAAUCAGAGCGGAAUUUUAUCCGGCAGAGAAUCGCCCACGUGGCACGACGCGGUGGCUUGUGACGGAGCGUUGUGGCCGCGUGGAUGGCGGAGUGUCCUUGAGAAACGAAAACAAACCCAGGCUAAACAUCCUGACCUUGCUGACCUCUCAGCGUGGGCUAGGGUUAUGCGUGUAAGAUCAGGGCUAGGGUUACACGUGUAAGGUCAGGGCUGGGGUUACACGUGUAAGGUCAGGGCUGGGGUUACACGUGUAAGGUCAGGGCUGGGGUUACGUGUGUAAGGUCAGGGCUGGGGUUACGCAUGUAAGGUCAGGGCUGGGGUUACACGUGUAAGGUCAGGGCUGGGGUUACACGUGUAAGGUCAGGGCUGGGGUUAUGCGUGUAAGGUCAGGGCUGGGGUUACGCGUGUAAGGUCACGGCUGGUGUUACACGUGUAAGGUAAGCUGACUGCGAUCUCAGGGAACGGAGGGACGGACCGUGCUGUGGACGCAGGGAGCCACGCUCGCUACGCGAGACGCCGCUGCCGGUUGUGGUUGAGCGCUCGCGGUGUCAUCGCCGCCGCCGUGAACACGACGCCGCUGCCCCGCUGCGGCAGGCGGCCGUGAGCCGCUCACGUUGAUCGCGCCGUUGCUUUUUGUUACUUUUCGUAUUCUUUUUGCUUCCUCCGGCUGUGAAGGACCAUGUACGCAGCACGAUUGUCGAGCUGCUUUCGUACCGUACGCAGCCAACCGUCCUAAUCGGAGGUGCGUCACGGCGCUAGCGAUUAUUGUUAUAAUUAUAAUGAUGAUAAUUACUACGCCUGUCGAUCCGAAACCAUCGCUGGCAGCUCAGAAAUCCGAUGGCCGAGUGGCGGCCAAGAUGGAACCGGCAUCUCGUGUGCGGUGAACUUCAAUUUCCGCUGCAUGAAAAGAAAAAUCAACUCCUAUUGAGUGGAGGUCCUCUCAUCCGCACAUCGAUUAUCCGGACUUCUCAAUACCCAUCGACUCGGAGCGUACCACGUAAAAUUAUAUGAUCCACACCAACGAUUAUUAUUCUAAUCCAUGUCGUUGCCUGGAUCUGGCGAUAAAUUAAUUAUUCUGCCCGAGACUUAAGAGGCCUUCAUUCAGCAAUGGCUAGAUCAAGGCAGCUGAUGCUAGUGUUGGUGAAACAGAGACGAUAGGUUCUUACCCACAGCGCUUGCUGAGCCAUGCCAGGUUGGCUCAGCACGGCCCCGGCGGCGCGGCUCGGCGGAUUGUAACCGGCUCGAUUCCAACAACACGCCCAGGUGGGGAGUCACGUGGUGCGUGUGGAGUCAGGUGGUGCGUGGGAAGUCACGUGGUGCGUGGGGAAUCAGGCGGUGCGUGGGAAGUCAGGCGGUGCGUGGGGAGUCAGGCGGUGCGUGGGUUGUCAGGCGGUGCGUGGGUUGUCACGUGGUGCGUGGGAAGUCACGUGGUGUGUGGAGAGUCAGGUGGUGUGUGGAGAGUGGCGUGGUGCUUGGGAAGUCACGUGGUGCGUGUGGCUGGGGGAGUGAACUCCUCAACUUGUUGUGGACUUGACGGGUGAUAUUUACCUACGGCCCUUCGGCAGGCAUCACGCCCAACGCGCACCACCAGGAGGUGACGGCUGCGUUCUAACCACGCACGAGAGCGGUAAAGAUCGCAAGCCGGACGCCGCGCCGAAAUGUACGGGUGAAGGUGAUCGCCUGCGAAUGAGCGUCGAUCGAGGAAAAUUGAUUUUGCCAAAACUUAAGCAGAGACGUGAUAAUAUGAAUCAAUAUUAUCUGAAAUUUGAAAUGCAUUCAACCGCAAGUGUUGGUUAUUGAUCAGUUUACUCGUCGUUUUUAAUUACGGAUCUUUAUUAUUUAUUUAACGUCAUAAGGUCAUGACGCACGCACGUGAUUCCACAAUGAGGCUUCACCUCUGCGUUAACCGACGUGGUUUUAAAUGUUACGUUAGCGGUCAGGAGUACGAUAAUUUAUCGUUUAAUAUCGAUACUCGAGCUCACGACAACUUUGGUAUCGAAGGAUCGGCAUACAUCGUAUUAAAUGGGUUCACGUGACAUGGUUGACCACCAGGGAUUCCCAGGAGUUGUGGGCAUGGUGCUGCGAGGUGUGGCAAGCACAUGGCAGUGUUGAGUGUUAUCUCCUCAUAUUGCGCGGUGGGUUUUCUCCGGUGUCUAUCGGUGUCCUCCCUUACGAAGCCAGACUCUCAUUCAUGGAGUGGGCCAAACAUUCCAAUGAACCAGGAGACGAUCCUGAAAAUGAGCCUCAAGAAGAAUCAGUGGAGGCUUUCCUGGGUAAACAAUUGACAUUAUUUUUAAUUGUUGCGUGGGUUAUAGGGACUCCUGCCUUAGCGGUGUUAUUAAAAAAUAAGGGGCCCGGGCAACGAAUUGUUAUUCAGAAUGUUUGUGGUUUCAAUUCCCGAUCCGUUGAUGCGACUGCUGCUGUUUAUAAUCGGUCCUUUUUACCACAAAGAACGGCCACCGUUUCUCAACAUGUCAUUGGCAACAAACGUGUCGAGUUUUUGUUGUUGCCUUUGUUGUUUCUUCAACGACAGCGCCGUUAGUUUCUCUGCUCAUCUGUGUUUAUUUAAUUAAUUGGGCAGACCCCUACUCGGCCGGCCUUUGCGGCGCUUGUACGCGUCCACGUAUGGACGUUUUGUCCAUCCGCUGCUGGAUGGAGGCCUCCCCUUAUUAGACGUCACCACGCUGUAACGUCGGCGCGGGUUGGUUAAGGUGGUGGGCCACAGACGCGGUAGCGUAGAAGUAAGGUACAAUAAUCGUUUCUGCAACUGCGCCUCUGUUGGCCACCACGUGGCCACCAAUGCGGUGGUGAUGGUGCUUCAUGUACAGGGUGGACCUAAAGUCAGGACACACGGGGUUAUUAUAUUAAUUUUAACAAAUGUUCAAACUGACCCCCAUUAAUAUUCAUGCGUGAUGCAUGAAUUCUCUUUUGAACUCACGACUUUGUAUUUUUUAAGAUGAUAGCUGUAUCAUUUUGAACAUUCAUCAAUUAUGUUUCAUCUUAACUCAUUCCGGGUUCUUGGUCGAGAUUUGUAAAUGACGCAUUUGCCCACAGAAAUAAUAAUAAUAGGAACAUUUAAUAAUAACAGAUAAAAAAUCAAUUUAAAUAAUAAAUCAUUCAAAUAUUGUAAUGCCAGUGUUAAAUAAAUAAAAUAACCUAUUUGUGUCCUGACUUGUGGGCCACCCUGUAGAACUCGAAGGGUCACGAGUUAACAAUGGACGCUCACGAAGGAUCGACUCAGCCUAUCAUCUUCAACAUCCCUCCACGGUCAAUAAAAUAACUACCACUUUGUGUCAACUAAACAGCGGUCUCUCUGCUGACAAACUGGCCCCUGUCAUGGGAACGUGGAACUUCCACCCCUGGCUCAGGGCCGCCGAUGGAGAUGGCUCGGUUGAGCGGCGAGACGCGUUUGAUUUUGUUUUACUUUGACGUCAGUCGAUGACUGAGAGACAUGGGGCGACAAUUGUGCGGGUAAACUCCCAUGCUUUAGGUGCCGGGAAAUCUAUUUAAACUCUCUGCAGUUGGUGUGGAGUCGCUGCUUUGGUGAAUUAACAAGGAACACGGCGAGGUAGAUAGCGAUACUGUAACUGGGUUGUUUUUUUCAUCACGGUCUCUGACACGAAAGGAAGAUGUCACGCUUCGUUCGCCUGGCCCUUUUCUGGAGAAAAAAAAUGUCGAGCGUGGCGUCAAGAAAAUCAUGAAGGCCAUCAUCAUCAUCAGCAGCAGCAGCCACAGUCAAUCCACUGCUGGAUGAACAAUCCUCGGCCCAUAUCUUGACGCCUUCCUCUCCGAGCACUGACAGUUGGGAAAAGGUCCCGUCACGACUUUAAUCGAACCUGUUAUUUGAAUGACUAUACGAUCACAAACAUAUUACAAACCUUUAUAUAAGUAUUAAUGUAUGUGCCUAUGGUGCCAUGAUUCCAGUACAUUGUUCUGGUGACUGUGUUUUCCUACAAUAGGACAAAUCUGUUAGGGAGAUAUAAAUAACUACACCGCGUGCAUGGUACUGUGCGUCUCGGUGCAGACAGCCUCUUGAUGUAGUCGCCUCUCGAUUUUCCAGGGUAAUCGGGUGGCAGGGCGGUGGCACGGUGGGCAACACCCAUGGCUCACAGGAAGAGAGGCCUUCCUCGCCUCUGUGGAGUUUGAAUGUUCUCCCCCAGCCUGUACAUUUAACUGGUAUUGGCCAAAACAUUCCCAGUGCUGAAAAAUUGACCUGCGCAUGACUCACCUGAGAUCACGCACACACGCACACACGGCGGCAACGUUGGCCCAUCUCCUGUGGAAACUUGGCAGGACCCGACUGAAAAAGAGUCUUGAGACUCGUUGAGGCUCUCCGGGGUUAGCAAGCACAAUACAAUACCGAUACAUUAGUCAGUGGAGGUGAGGGCUGAUCCGGACAAAUCGAAAACCACGACUAUUACAAUACACGUUGUUACAAUUACAGAUGUUUACCAAGAAAAGCCUCGCUCAGUCUCAAUACAUUUAGGUUUGCGCAGUAAGGGGUGAGACUCGCCAGCGUUAUGGGUUUCCCAAUUAAGUAAACAUGCAAAUGAGGCUAUGACAAUAUGGGAUGGCUGUUGACGACGCCGGUUUUUUUUAUUGUUGCUUAAAGCGAUCGCUCACUUGCCUGCCAACACAUUUGGGGUCACGUGAGCACUGAGCCAAUUGGCCAUCGACGAGUGAGGAGGAGCAGGUCAAUGUUAAAACAGCCUGCAUAUUUAUUUAUUGGCAAUCUGCAUAAUCUACCCCCUUUCCGCCUCCCCCCCCCACGGGUAAUCGAGAGUUCACUGUACUUUGCUGGUCGAUAUUUAUUUGAUAUAUAUACACAUAUCUAUAUUUGUAAACGAUUUCAUAUUUAAUUGGACAGGGUACGAGCAGGUCGCUGUUGUAUUCUAUACGAGACUGCGAUGAGCGGUGGGGCCACGUGCGUUAGUCACGCGGUUACUGUGACGUCAUCGCGUGACGCGCAAGGUACGCGGUUGGCGGGGUAACAGUCACGGCCGUCCAUAGAGGGGGGGUGCGGGGACUGGGGCAAAUCACACCGUGUGCCCCCCCCCCCGACACCUUCAAACUACACCGGAAGUAUUCAAUCUGACAGCGCGACGUCAACGCGUGGGGGCCCCCCAAAGCGCGGGACCCGGGGCGGUCGCCCAUAUUCUAGGGACGGCUCUGGUGACGAUUGCACAUAUUUUGUUGUUGUUUGCUGUCUAGAAGAAAGGAGGAAAAAAAACAAUCGCCUCUCGUGCGGUGUGCGAUGCGAGUCUGACAAGCGGUGGUGGGAUCUCGCGACCCCGGGGCUCCGCGUGUGUCGUUCGGGGCAAUGGGGAGGGGGCGCGUACGGUGACCUCCUCAACCCCGACCCCGACGCGGUGAUGAGCGCCGCACCUGCGAGGUUAUUUCUAUCGGCGCGACGCUGCGAUGCCGUUGGGAAUUAGCGGGGCUCGCGCCUUAGUUUUUUGUGUUUCUCUUGCAACGUUCUGAACACGAAUACGAGAAUAAUAAAAAUA